CCUUGGGUGACGCCAUCAGCCGGCGCGGUGUUUAGACUUUACUGAUGUCGUGGCGCAUUGGAGGAAGAAGUUGCUGUUUCGCCGGGCCCUGGUCCUGAGGACGCGGUCCAGGUGGUCCCUGGCCUCUUCCUACCCACCCCUCUGCCCGCCUUUCCCCCCGCUCCUCUGGCAGGAUGAGGCGUGCAGGCCUGGGUGAAGGAGUACCCCCUGGCAACUAUGGGAACUAUGGCUAUCCUAAUAGUGGGUAUAGUGCCUGUGAAGAGGAGAACGAGAGACUCACGGAAAGUCUGAGAAACAAAGUAACGGCUAUAAAAUCUCUUUCCAUUGAAAUAGGGCAUGAAGUUAAACAUCAAAAUAAAUUAUUAGCUGAAAUGGAUUCACAGUUUGAUUCUACAACUGGAUUUCUAGGUAAAACUAUGGGAAAACUGAAGAUUUUAUCCAGAGGAAGCCAAACGAAGUUGCUGUGCUAUAUGAUGCUAUUCUCAUUCUUUGUCUUUUUUGUCAUUUACUGGAUUAUUAAACUGAGGUGAUGCAAGUCAGUGUGAGUUUGGAAUUUGUUCCAACUUAACAGCUUGGAGUACCACAUCAGUAAAAAAAAAAUCAGCAUCAAAACAUUCCUAAAUUUCAGCUACUGUGGCUCUUCCCAUCAGAGAGUACUGAAUCUUGUUUUAUAAAUCACACCAGAUAAUACAGUGCUCUUUGGAUCCUGUUUCUUAAUGAUUCACUUUUUGCCCCAAUUUUCAGGGGUAUUGAGAUGUUCUGAGGGUCACUCUGGCCCUAACAAUUUUUUCCUGUUUUUUGCUGUGAGAUUAAAGAGCAGUUAUAAAAUUCUGUUGUGACCAUAAAUGGAGGUUUCCGUUCCACAUAAAGAACUUUGUGGGAGAGUAGCAAUGCCUAAAGAGCCUGGUGCUGUGCUCUUGAGGUGGUGAGCAAGUCUCUGAUGGAUGGGAAAUGUGUUUUCCUGAAUUGUCAUCGCCCCAAUGUUGUACUCUUCUUUCCUCUUCUAUUUCAUUUAAAUUGUAGGCUGAUUUUUUUUUUUUAACCUACAGUUUUCCUAAUAAUUUUUGAUGAUAUGACUCUUCUUCCCCUCCUCUACCCAAGGACCUCAGUCUUUACUAAAACUUGUUAUUUUGGCAUAUUUCUAGUAGGAUCCAAAACAAAUGUGUACCAGUAUAGUUGUCAUUUUAUAUUAACUUUAUAUAUAUAUAACAUUGACUUGGCUUAUAAUAGUUUUAUGAUUUUAGCCACUUAGGCCAUUUGGUUAUCAUUUAUGACAGAAUAAUGUGAAGCUAAAGUAAUUGCUAAGCUCUGAAUGGAAAUAAAAUGUUCAGGAAAAGUAAUUGCCUCUGCUUUAUUAUGUGCUCAAAAUAAAUACUCAGGCAUUGAACUUGGGGUUAAGGGUGCUGUUGUUUUAAUCCAGUGUAUUUGUUUAUAGGAAACAAAAUGCAAAAAUGGACUGCUAAGUAGAUGUCAAAAUGUUGUGAAAUUGUCUGUAUUGCUACUGUUUUGGAAUUUGCUCAUUUAUGGGCUUCAAAAAUAAAAUUUUUAAUAAAACCUA